AUGCAUGUUAUGAGCAGCCCGUCGCUGACCAAUGAGACAGAGAACUGCAGCAGCGAGGGCAGCAUCAGUGCCGCCACCAUCGCCAGCACCACCAGGACCACCAGCACCACCUCCGGCCUCUCCCCAAUGUUGGGCAACAUCCCCUCCGCUUCUACUCUCCCCUCUCCCUUCCCCAAUGAACCCCCCCUGCACCCUACCACACUACCACACCACUACACCCCACCGCCACCACCACCCCUGCCCCUGAACACCCCUCCUCCCCCUCCCCCACCACCAACGUCCCUCUCCAGCCACGGUGUGUGGAAGAAGCGGCAGGUGCGGAGCUUUUUCUGGAAGCCCAUCCCAGAGGAGAAGGUGCGGGGCCAGCCCAACAUCUGGACCAUGGCGGUGCGCUGCCAGCAGCAGUACCAGAUCGACGUGCGCUCCGUGGAGGAGCUGUUCGGCCAGCAGGAGGAAGUGCAGGGCCGGGGGUGUGUGCCCGCCCCCAGUGGAUCCUCCUCAGCCCGCAUCACCCGGUCCAGGUCCUUCAAGGAGAACAAGGACAAGAUCAGCAUUCUGGACUCCAAGCGGGGCAUGAACGUGGGCAUUUUCCUCAGGCAGUUCAAGAAGUCCAAUCACUCCAUCGUGGAGGACAUUCGCCAGGGAGACGGCAAGCUGUACGGCGCUGAACUCCUCAAAGACCUGCUCAAACUCCUGCCCGAGUCUGAAGAGGUAAAGAAACUGAGGGCGUUCAAAGGGGACUCCAGCAAACUGACCCUGGCAGACUCCUUCAUGUACCUGUUGAUCCAGGUGCCUCGGUUUGAGUUGCGCAUCGAGGCCAUGGUCCUGCGUGAGGAGUUCUUUCAGUCCUGCGCUGUGAUGAGCCAUGAGAUCGAUGUCAUCCGCGUGGCCACAAAAGAGCUGAUGACUUGUGAGGAACUACACGCCAUCCUCCACCUGGUCCUGCAGGCUGGAAACAUCAUGAACGCUGGUGGCUACGCGGGCAACGCCGUGGGCUUCAAGCUGUCAUCGCUCCUCUCGCUGGCCGACACCAAGGCCAACAAACCUGGCAUGAACCUGCUGCAUUUUGUGGCUUUGGAGGCACAGAAGAAGGACGAGAAGCUGCUGAAGUUCCCUGAGAAACUUCAGGGCAUCCAGAGCGCUUCCAGAAUAUCAGUGGAAAACAUUGAGUUGGAGUUCUCGUCUCUCUACGUCAGGACCAGAUCCCUGGAGGAGAAGGUCCAGAGUGACCCGGAGCUCCUGGAGCAGCUGGACCCCUUCCUGCAGUGCUCCACAAGGACACUCCAGGACCUGAAGAGGUGUAGGCUGGACCUGCGGAAGGAGGGUAAUGCGCUUAUUGACUUCUUCUGUGAAGACAAGGACACCUUCAUGCUGGACGAGUGCUUCCGCAUCUUUCAGGACUUCUGUCUCAAGUUCAAAAAGGCUGUCAAGGAUAACCUGGAGCGGGAGCAUAAGGAGGCGGCCAGGCAGCGGCGUCUCAGAGAGCUGGAGAAUAAGCGCUUUGCCUGGAAUGCCGACCAGCAGCAGGCGGCUGGCGCCGGUAAUGGCGGCUUCGGCCGCAGCAGCAGCGAGAACGACGUGGAUAUGCUCACCAAGGAGGGCCUCCUGGACUUCCUCCAGCAGCGUCCCCACAGCCCCCUGGGUCGUUCAGCCAGCGCCCGUCGCCACCGCCACACCGUGGCCGCCAUGGCCGACCGCGAGCUUCACGACUACCUGGAGCUGUUCGGCAGUGGCACGACACUGCCAGCGGACUAUGCCAACAAGUUCAACAGCCUGCCGCGCUCCGGCCGCACCCUCCAUCGGAGAACCGCCCCCUGGCUUGUGUCCCAGGAUGACAACCACAAGCUGGAGAAUGGGCAGCAGGUGCUGGCCACGUCACACCGGGCUGAGACGGAGCCCAUCAGCCCCUUGGCCAUGUACUCUUCCAUGGGCUUUAAUGCCAACGAGGAACUGUAUAACAAUAAUAACAACUACACGACCGUGUCCGAGGGGAGCUAUCUGCCUCGCUCAUGUCAGAACCGUAACGUCUUUCAGAAGACACCCAACCCCGGAGCGAGCGUCACGGCACACAUGAACGUCAGCGUGGAGAGACACACGCUAGUCCCGGGAAUUCAACAGUUUGACCUCCCCAGUCCGAACAAUAACACAAAUCACAUGCAGUUUGUUGACCACAAAGACGUGGUGGUGACAGACUUGGAAAUGGAGAAGGAAUCUCCAAAGGCACUCGUUUUGGAUACCCCUCCUCCUUGUCCAAAGAGUUUGGAAGUUGCGUGGGAAGGUAAAAUUCCGUCCUCUCAGUUUGUGGUGGGCUCGCUUCAGAAGGAGGAAGAGGAGGACAGCAGCACCGUCUCCUCAACCACCUGCGAUAUGCCCCUACCUCUUGACCCCUCCGUAUCAAAUAAGAAACCGGUGUUCUACAUCUUAGACUGCACAGAAACGGACUGCUCCGUAGCGCUUGACUACUCUGAGAUCGAAAGCUCGCCUCUAAUGAGGGAAGGAUUGGUCCCCGAUGUAAAAAACACUGACUGCAACAACAUCCAGGGGAACCUUCGAGACCCCAGCUCACUAUCCUCCAACUCCCAUUUUGAUUCCACAUCCAAAAACGAUCAGUCCGUCUUUGCCCCCACAAAUGAGCUGUCGGUGUCCACAGACGAACGUGCCCCAUCCGUUGGCUCCCUCGUCACCAGUGAAGAGGGGGACACAGAUAGCUGGGACACGGCGGAGGCUAGGCAGGUGGGUGAGAAAGCUGUACAGACAUAUAGCCCUAAACCAACACACGCCAAGACCAAGAAAGUGUCAAAAGUUUCCAAAAACAGCAAAGUGGGUCGCGGCGUCAGGAUGUUGACCACCACUGAGAACCAGGACAUGCGGAAGGUGGUGCCCAUCACCAAGCUCAGCCGGACUGGCAGCAACGUCAGGCGGGUGGAGAGACCCGUCGGGGGCCAUGAGGGUGCCAGGCAGCCGCUCAUCGACAAGAGCACCCCAGCCAGGGAGCGGGGUGAGAAGACCGGUAGGCCCGCCCGCCACUCCAGCUUGCCCCCAGAGGAGACCAAAUCCCAGGGGAACGCUGGCCUCUCUGGCUGGGCACGUGACCUCAACCCACGAAAGCCCUCCUUCCGCAAGCCCAGCGCCAAGCCGCUGAGGAACCUGCCCAAGCCACCGCCGGAGGAGAAGAUGUGCCGCUCCACCAUGAGAGCCCUGGCUGCUCAGGCCCAAGGUCAGGUUAGGACACCCUCUGAGGCUAGCGCUACCCACAGCUCCAAAACCCCAUCUGCCACCCUGCCUGGCUGGGCACGCAACACUGUGGCCUCCUCCUCUCGUACCACCAAGAAGGAACUCGCUCCAACCCUCUCCAACCCCCCGACCCCCUCCAGGAGCCCCUCUCUCCUAUCCCGGAGCAGCUCCCAGAGUCAAGCACCCGCUCGGCCUCCAGCCGCUGCCACAACCACAUCUCCUGCCAAAGGGGGGCAGCAUUCACCCCAGAGGGAGGAGAAGGAGAAGGCCCAAGGGGGUGGUCUGCAGAGGGUGCAGAGCGUCAGGGCAUCAAGCCGAGCGAGCACCCAGCGUAGCGACACCCCCCCAUCGCCACCCACCCGCGAGCGCUCACGCAAGAGCAGCAGCUUCUCCGAAAAAUCUGUCCAAUCCACUACGUCAUGUAGGACCAUCAAGCCCACCUGGAAGUAG